GCCGCUGCCCCGGCUGCCAUGAGUUGUGCGGAGGUGAUGUAUCACCCCCAGCCGUAUGGCGCGCCCCAGUAUCUGCCCAACCCUGUGGCAGCGUCAACCUGCCCCACAGCCUGCUACCAUCCGGCGCCCCAACCUGGCCAGCAGAAGAAGUUAGCGGUAUACAGCAAGAUGCAGGACUCUCUGGAAGUCACCCUUCCCAGCAAACAAGAGGAGGAGGAGGAGGAGGAUGAGGAGGAGGAGGAGGAGGAGAAAGACCAGCCUGCCGCGGAGUACCUUAACUCUCGCUGUGUCCUUUUCACUUAUUUCCAGGGAGACAUUGGGUCAGUAGUGGAUGAACACUUCUCAAGAGCUUUGGGCCAAGCCAGCACUCUCCAUCCAGAAUCUGCCAUUUCAAAAAGCAAGAUGGGGCUAACCCCCUUAUGGCGAGACAGCUCAGCUCUCUCAAGUCAGCGGAGUGGUUUCCCAACUUCCUUUUGGACCAGCUCUUACCAGCCCCCACCUGCACCCUGUCUAGGGGGAGUUCAUCCUGAUUUUCAGGUCCCUGCACCUCCUGGCACCUUUUCUACCGCUGAACCCAGCCCCUGGCCAGGACACGGUCUGCAUCAGACUGGCCCAGCCCCUGCCCCUGCUGUGUCUGAGUCCUGGCACUAUCCUUUGGCAUCUCAGGUGAGCCCAUCUUACAGCCACGUGCAUGACGUGUACAUGCGGCACCACCAUCCCCAUGCCCACAUGCACCACCGCCACCACCACCACCAUCACCACCACCAUCCUUCUGCUGGCUCUGCCCUGGAUCCAUCCUAUGGGCCCCUGCUGAUGCCGUCCAUGCGUGCGGCCAGGAUUCCUGCUCCUCAGUGUGACGUCGCAAAGACAGACCCGACUACAGUCACCACUGCUACCUCAGCAUGGGCUGGAGCCUUUCAUGGAACAGUGGACAUAGUGCCAAGUGUGGGGUUUGAUACAGGUCUACAGAAUCAAGACAAGAGCAAGGAAUCACCAUGGUAUUGAGAAUCAAUGUUGGCCUAGUCAGGUUGCCGUAUGAAUCCAAAGGUUCACGGGAGACAGAUGCUGGCAGGAUUUUUCAUUC